AUGCAACUUGUGGCUGCAAGCAGACAGACAUGUGCGGUAGCACAUUCCGGACAGACAUGUAGCCGCUGUAGCUGUCCUCCAUGCCGACAGAAGUCCUCCGGCUCCGGGAGGGUUGUGAUGGCUGGGCUACCGCUUGCAGCGGGUCUUUUCGUGCCUCGCAAGUCAAAGUUGGGGACACGUCGGCGUGGGCGGCGCGUCUUUUCAGGCGGAGCCGGGUUGCGGCAGAAGCUGGCGGAAGGAAACGGCUUGCCUGAGCUGGAGCAGCUUUACGUUGUUCAGGACGAUUGUGAGCUCGCAGCUGAAAUCUUCCGUGACGCGGGCUUCGUGCUGAUCCCCGGCGCUGUGAGCCCAGAGCACUGCUCUGAGCUUUUGGCGGGAUGUCGAGCGGAGGAAGCUGAGAUUCUGCACAGAGACCCUGCCGGUGUUGGUAAUCGUGGGCACGGUCGAUACUCCCUGGGUGAGGCUCAAAGCACUGGCCAUCUUCUGCAUCGUGCGGAGUGGGCGUCCUUGGUCGACCUUGAGAAGGUCACUCCCGUCUUGCAGAGGAUCUUUGGCAAGUCCGGCUACGUGUGUGCGGGUGCAGGAGGAGAUUUCGUUCUUCCGAACACUUACGAGUACCAACCACUUCAUGUGGAUCUGGACUUUCCGGGUUGUCAGAAGCAGUCAGCCUCACCGGUGGUCACCUUGAACGUUCCGCUUCUGCCACUGACCUGGGAGAACGGUCCAACGCGCCUCAUCCCUGGCACGCACCUCCCUGCUUCCUGGCAGCCGCCUCCGCCAGCCUUGGAGCCGGAGGCCUGGAAGCUCUUCACCUUCUGCCCCAUCCCUGCAGGCACCGCCAUCCUGCGCGACAACCGAGCCUGGCACGGAGGAACUCCCAACCUGUCUCAGACAAGCCGGUUCCUGCCAAACGUCGAGUUUGCGGCUACUUGGUGGUGCGUCGGAUCGACCGACGAACUCUGGCGGAAUCCGUGGAAGCUUGCUCCGCGCUGCAUGCCCAGAGGCAUCUAUGAGAGGCUGUCGCCUUUCGCCAAGCAUGUUUGCAGGCUGGUUGUCACAGACGACCCCUCGCUGAAGUACGGCGUGCGUGAAGGCAAGCCCAUCAUCGACCAGCCGAAGGAGCCCGAGAUGCCCACCCCCAACAGGUCGCUUUGGAAGAAUUGCGAGGCCACCUUUUGGAUACCGAUCAGCGGAUCGAACAAGGCAUCCAUGUGGAUAGUGUGCACGUCUCAGAGCGCUGGAGCACUGCCAUGGGGUCGAUCUGUGGACUCCGCAGCUUUCUGCGCAGAGGAUGGCUCCCUCUAUGUGGCAGACUUCACGAGCUUCUGCGUCUUCAGAUUUGCGGCAGACGACAGUCGUGGUCGUGUUGUCGCCGGGGAAGAUGGGAAGCAGCUGAUGGAUGUGGACUACCUGAAGGAUAUCGACCGGCCACUGGCUUCUCCGGAAGGGGAAGGCUUCCUGUUGAAAAACCCCAUCGACGUUGUCUCCAGCCCGGACGGUCUCCUGGUGCUGGACUGUGCCGCCGCCCGCGUGCAAUCCUUCCAGCCUGGCGAAGGCCAAUCCGCUGCCGGCCGUGUAAGAGUCCCCCCCUCGACAGCUCCUCCGGCGAAGUCGGUGGCAGCACCCGAAGCACUCAAGCAUCCGCGUGCUAUUUUCCUCGAAGACGACGGCAUUGUGGUGUGUGACACCUGGAGCCACCGCGUGCUGCGGUACCGGACUUCGGCUUCCCCACCCGAGGUGCUCGCGGGAACGCCCAACUCCUGUGGAAGCGAACCCGGGAAGCUGAACUUUCCAAGCUGCGUUGCCUUUUGCGCAAACGGAUCGUUGUUGGUAUCAGACACCAACAACCAUCGAGUACAGCGCUUUCGGCCUGGAGAGUGUCAAGGGGAGACGGUGGCUGGCUCGGCAGAGGGCAAAUCUGGGAGCAGCCUGACGGAGCUCAACAUGCCCACAGGCCUCGUGGUCGAGGCCGAUGGCAGCUUCCUCGUCGCAGACCGUGCAAACGCCCGAGUGCUGCGCUUUCGAGAAGGCGGAGGGGCCGGCGAGGUGGUGGCCGGCCCGGACCUCCUGGAGCGACCGUGGGGUUUGGCUCUUGGUCCGGACGGUUCUGUCUACGUCUCGGACGAGCGACGUGCGGUAGUGCUGAAGCUUGCAGGGACAAAGCCCAAGCAGCCAAAGACCGAAGCAGCGCCGCUGCCUUCGGGAUAUCCGCCGCAGAUGCCCGCAGAGGAGCCCUCCGGUGGCUAUCCUGGCCCUGGCAAGCAGCCCGCCGCCGCUCCUGCCACUCCGGAUCUCGGCAUGGGCCUGGACUGA